CCAAUUACAAAACCUUAAAUCAAAACUCAACGACCAACAAACCUACUAUAAACAUUUUCUUCGUAAACUCCGCCUCCUUCCAACUUCACGCCCUCAAACUCUCGCCGGAAAACGCAAAUUCACCGGCGAGAAUGUCUCAAUCCGCAGCAUUUUCCCUAGUCACACCCACAAGGAUUUCAUCUUUCAAAACUCAUCUCAUUAAACCCACAAUCAUCACCCCUUUUCGCCCAUCAAUCCAAUCAAUCCGCUCUGAACCCAAAUCAUCAAACGAUAUCCCUAUUUCCGUUUCCGGAGCUCCGAUUGUAUCUCCGGUGAUCCUAGAUUCUCCUCCUUCUUCUUCUCCUUUAGAAGUUGACCGUGUGAGUUCUUUAGAGUUGAAGGAGAAUGGGUUUCGUAGCACUCGUAGGACCAAGUUUGUUUGCACGAUUGGUCCGUGUACGAGUGAUUUUGACACAAUUGAAGCUCUUGCUUUAGGUGGGAUGAAUGUUGCUAGGCUUAAUAUGUGUCAUAAUACUAGGGAAUGGCAUAAAGAAGUGAUUGAACAUGUUAGGAGAUUGAAUGAAGACAAGGGUUUUGCUGUUGCUGUUAUGAUGGAUACUCAAGGUAGUGAGAUUCAUAUGGGAGAUCUUGCUGGUUCUUCUUCUGUUAAAGCUGAGGAUGGUGAGGUAUGGACCUUUAGCAUCCGAUCGUUCGAUGAAAGUCAACCAGAGCACACCAUCAGUGUGAGCUACGAUGGUUUCACCGAAGAUGUUGAAGUGGGUGACGAACUUCUUGUGGAUGGCGGUAUGGUCCGGUUUGAGGUUGUUGAGAAAAUUGGCCCUGAUGUGAAAUGCUUGUGUACCGAUUCUGGUUUAUUGCUCCCUCGUGCAAAUCUUGCGUUAUGGAGGAAGGGAAGACUGGUUCAACAGCGUAACAGUAUGCUCCCUACGAUCACCUCUAAGGAUUGGCUGGACAUUGAUUUUGCCAUUGCGGAAGGUGUGGACUUCAUCGCAUUAUCUUUUGUACGCACAGCUGAUACGAUCAGCCAUCUCAAGAGCUAUAUUGCUGCACGAUCUCCUAACAGGGAGAUUUCUGUGAUUGCAAAAAUAGAGAGUGUCGACUCCCUAAAGAACUUAGAAGAGAUCAUACGAGCUUCCGAUGGAGCUAUGGUUGCUAGAGGAGACAUGGGCUCACAGAUACCUCUGGAGCAGGUUCCAUUUGCUCAGCAGAGAAUUGUUGAGCUUUGCAGGGAGCUCAAUAAGCCCGUAAUUGUCGCUUCCCAGCUUCUUGAAUCCAUGAUCGAGUAUCCUAUACCUACUAGAGCUGAGGUUGCUGAUGUUUCUGAAGCUGUUAGGCAGCAAGCUGAUGCUUUGAUGCUAUCUGGUGAAUCGGCGAUGGGUCAAUACCCCGAUAAGGCAUUAGCUGUUCUUAGAAGUGUGAGUUUGAGAAUCGAGAAGUGGUGCAGAGAGGACAAGCACAAUGAAGAUUUGGAACUAGCAAGUAUAUCAAGCUCCUUUUCGGAUGUCAUAAAGGAGGAAAUCUGCUUUUCUGCUGCAAACAUAGCGAGCAAACUGCGAGCAGACGCAUUAUUUGUUUUCACGACUGACGGGCACAUGGCAUCUCUCCUCUCACGCUGGCGACCAGAUUGCCCCAUAUUUGCUUUUACCCCGGAUACCUCUGUGAGGAAGCAAUUGAAUCUGCGAUGGGGGUUGAUCCCUUUCCGAUUGAACUUUUCGGAAGACAUGGACAGUAAUUUGGGCAGAACUCUAGCGUUGUUGAAGAUAAGGGGCAUGGUUAAGUCUGGAGACCGUAUUGUUGCUGUUUCUGAUAUGUUGCAAUCUAUCCAGGUACGGACUGUUUGAGUGUGGAUUAGUACUCUUUUACAAGUUCAAAUAUUCGGGGAUUGUUAGUACUCUUUUACGAGUUCAAAUAUUCGGGGAUUGUUAUGUACUUCUAGUGUGAGAAAUUUGUUUAUAAUUCGUCAUUCCCUGUGAUUGUUAAAGUUAUCAUCAGGAAGGAUGUAUUGUAUUCUUAGGCUUACUCUUAGAUAUACUAGUGUUCUUAUCUCGUCUUUGCUUUAUUGUGUAAUUACGAUCAUAAUGAGUUUUAAUGUCGUCUAAAUAAUCUAAUGAUGUAUUACGUAAUAUUAUGAAAUCGAUUGUUAUUUAUCGACCUUUAAA